AUGCAAGCAUUGCCUAAUCUUGUGGUGGUGGGCAAAGAUAGUGAGUCAAUGGUAACAGAGAUAGGUCCCUUACUGCAUCUUCAAGGGACAUUUUGCCUCUCAAGAUUGGAGAAUGUAAUGGAUGCGGAGGAUGCGAGACAAGCAAAUUUAAAUGUCAUGGAAGGGCUUCAUGCAUUGCUGCUAGAAUCGAGCGACACAGCUGAAAAGGAAUCAGACGUUCUGAAAAUGUUAAAACCUCAUAGAAAUCUCAAAGAGCUCAUGAUCAAGGGUUAUGGUGUAACUGUCGAUUCUUGCCAACCCUUGGACAAUUGCUUCUCCCAAAAUGCUUUAUUUAAGAAGAAUGUUGGAGUGGAAGGUGUGUGGGUCUCGAGUUAUUGGAGAGGGAAGCUUGUCUUUUCCGCAAUGGAGACCCUUGGUUUGAGGAUAUGCAACAUUGGAAGGAAUGGUAUCCUUGUGAAGGAGAUCAAGGAAUUAGACCCCUACUUGAAAAACCGUUUCGAUCAAUAG